GGGACGUCCUCGUCUUCGCAGAGCGUCAAAUGGCACCGGACCGCAGCUUCCCAAGGCAGACGCUCGACUAUACUAGAUCCACAGAGCAGCAGUUCUUGCAGUUGCACCGAUCGUCGGAAAAGUACAGUCCACCAUAACGAGAGACAUGGGGCAGCAUCUUCAACGAGAAGGUUUUUCACAGGGCGACCCAAAGCGCAGGAGGACCAGGAUUCACGAGCAAAAAGGCAAGACGACGAUCACCAGGAGAUUGUGUCUUGUGGGCACGGACUGUGGGGACCAGUUGUUGGAUUAGGAUCUCAACAUGAUUUUGCGGGAGAGGAUAAUCCUUCUGGCUCAGAAACAAU